ACCUGUUGUGUUUGUGGAAGCUCUGGAAUCCCGCAGGAGAAGGAUCACUCAGCACCAUGGCAAUCUGCCAAGUACAACUUGUUCCGAAACACAGUGGCUCUGAGAAGUUGCAUUAUCAACUGAAACACAAUGUCGGCAUAGCAGGAGGGCACAACUGAGCUGAUGCUAGGCUGCAAAGUGGCACAAUAUACUGCUGAAGCCCUGAUCAGAACUUUGAGAUAAAAGGACAAGUGCAAAGAGAACUGCCUGGCAAGCCUAAAAGGAUUUCAAAACUUACGUGGAUCAGGCUUGUAGAGCAGCAGAAGAAUUUGUCAACAUUUAUUAUGAGACAAUGGAUAAAAGAAGGAGGGUUUUGACUAGGCUUUAUUUGGACAAAGCAACCUUAGUUUGGAACGGUAAUGCAGUGUCCGGGCAAGAAGCACUGAAUGAAUUUUUUGAAAUGUUGCCGUCUAGCGAAUUCCAGGUUAAUGUGUUGGACUGCCAGCCUGUUCAUGAGCAAGCAACUCAAAGCCAGACGACAGUUCUCGUGGUGACAUGUGGGACAGUAAAAUUUGAUGGCAACAAGCAGCGCUACUUCAAUCAGAACUUCUUGCUGACAGCGCAAGCCACGCCUACCAACACGGUGUGGAAGAUCGCCAGUGACUGUUUCCGCUUCCAGGACUGGGCCAGUUAGUGAGGAUUGGCUGCGGGAUUGACCUCUCUCGUGCGACACAAUGAAGCCAGCUGUACGGACAGCCAUUCUGCAAGCGUGGAAACGCUCACUUCGUGUUGCGUCUGUCAUUAGGGAAGGUCUACAGAUGUCUCAGGGUUGAUCCCAAUGGGCAUGGCUUUAAUAGUAAACAGUCUGAAAAUGUAAGAGGUUGCUCGUGUUAGUUGAACCUAAUGAAAUGCUGAAGGCAAUGAGCUGUGUUGGAAUCAUUCCUAAAAUGCCUUACAUGCAGCUUUGCUGCCACUUACAGACUUCUUGUAUGUAGUUCAGAAACUCUACUAUUUGGAAGCAAAAUACUUGUAAUGUAUAGUUCUGACCAAACAUGUAACUGCUUCAUCUUGAAAAGAUCUGUUUUUGCAGUAGCAUCUUACCUCUUUGGAAGAAGAUGCCUGUGACAGGUAUGUAGAAUUCUCAAAGCUACCUACUCUUGGUUGUAAGAGGCUCGGAUGAAUUGACAAUGAUUUCUGUUCUGUGAAAGUAUGAAAUACGGCUCGUGAGUGUGUAAUCUGUCAAAUAGUCCAUUGAAAAGCUAAUAGUGGUAUGGAAGGACUAAAUUUUUCAGGUUUCCUUUUGACUUGAGCAUCUCAGUAAUUUGGAUAUAGUUAAUUUGCAUUGAUUUGUAUAUAGGGAAUGCUGAAUAACUCAGAACUCCUAUGCCAGCAACUCUUGUCAAAUGCAUGUGAAGGACUUCAGACAUUACUUUUCUUUGAAGUCUUAUAGUGUAAGAAGUAGGCAAAUAACAUAAUUUCUGUCUGACCUAUCUGCCGCUAUGGAGGAUGGACAAGUUUUCCCAUCUUCAGUCUGCAAGUUUUCAAUCACUAUUAUCUUUUCAGGAAUUACUGUAAUAAAAAAAAAAGGCACUAAAAGACUAAAAGUUUGCAUUACUGUGAAGCCUACAAUUUUUAUCUACAGUACUGUUAAUUUGGAACAGGCUCAUUGAUUAUUGUCAACUUAGAAGAACAGAUCUGAACACAAGUACCAUCUUCCUCACCUACAGAUUUUUACUAGUUUUCAUGUUUGUUUGUUUUAGUUACCUUUAAUUAUUAUGUUGUUGUUUUUUUUUUUUCUCUUUCCCCUUGCUUUAAAUUUAGAGCAAGUUUUGACUGCUUAAGAGUAGCUUUCUCAAGUGCAGGAUAGAAGACUCCCCAUCUUAACUUGGGAACUUGCAAAGUGAACCUGAAUAUAAACAGAUUUUGUUUCAAACUGGUAUGUUUCUAUUUUAAUCUGAGCAAAAGGUCAAAAUUUAGUUAUGUAAGAAUAUGCUUGCUUGUAAAUGAAAAUACGAGGGGAAGUUGUAACUGAUAUUAACACUGCUGCAAUGACAGCAGCCGCCUGAAUACACAAAGCAGUUAAGACUGCAGCUCACUUGGUUUCAUUACUUAAAUCGGAAAACUAUGAAAAUGAACAAUAUCAAUUUGUCUAAAACAUUUGUACUUUGUGAUAUUAUCCCAUGAAUAAUGGGAUGUUUAGGUGGAAAGAGUGGUUUUGUUUCCUUUUAAGGCACUCUGGUCUUUACAUCAGUAAGUUGGAAUUACUAACCUGACUUACAUCAGUAAGUUGGAAUUACUAACCUGACUUACUUCAGAAGCUGUUUAUAUUUUGACUGGUUCCUCAAGCUACUGUAACUGUUUUUUCAACCUGAAGAUUGAUUCCUCUAAAACGAUGUAAGAAGUCCAAAAUCUUUGAAAAUUGUAAAUACUGUAAAUACAUUGCUAUUUCUGAAUGUAGUGAAGAAAGGAUUGCUCUAUUUAAUUACUGUUUGUUCGUAACAGAAUAUGUGAGGUUCGUAUAUUUGUAUUUCUUCUACGAGUUUGAAAGGAAAACCCAAAAUCUGCCUGUUUCUUAUAUAGCAUCGUUGAACUGUGACACUGGUGUGGUGUGCUUUUCUUUAAUUUGCUGUUGUUUACAUAAGUAGUGUUACAGAUCUGCUUACCUACACAAAACAGGUUUUAACUCUUGGAAUGUAGCGAGGGGUGCACCUGUAGCUUUUGCUUUAGCUUUGAAAACAGUCACCAGAAACUACACUUCGACCUGUACCUGAUAAGCUUGUCCUGGGAGUAAAUACCUAGUGGAUAUUUUGAUCCAAACGCUAUUUGUAUAGCAGAUCUGAAGCUUUUUUUGUGUGUGUGUCUGUGUGCAGAGUGGGAGAUUUUUGAGUAUCUGAGACAAUAUUUCAACCAAAUGUUAUUCUUACCGGUUAUUUCCAUGCUAUUUAAAUAUAUGCUGUUUUAAAAUUUGACUUCUGCAAUUAAUACUUUAAAAAGCAAAACGAAAAACAACACAACUACCUGAGCAAAAUGUGUAGCUGGAAGUGGACUUGGUGUGCAUAUGGGGAUUUUUGAAGAUAAAGUUGUUAGAGCUUAAUUGUUCGAGUCUAGGGAAAAGUACUGUUCAUGUGCUGGCUGUUUAUUAUCUUUGAAUGAGGAUCAGAGUGCUUCAGCACUGCCAUGGUUAAGUGUUGCUUUUUAUUGCUGAGAAAGCUGCUUCGCAAGACGUUUUUUUGGAAUAUAUGAAGUGAUAAUGUGGAUAUCAGAGAAGUCAGUAACUAACACUGAGAAACUAAUGGCACAAGCACAAAAUCUCUUUCAAAGUAGCUGUAUAGCUUAGGGAUGGUGCAGCUCUGUACUGCUUGUUACCACUUCUGUGGUGAAAUGAGCUGGAGAGAAUGUACAAAAUUUGGUCCCAUUUAGUACCAAAUCAGUCCGUGCUGGUUUAGUGUUUCUUCUUGUUGACUGUGCUGUAAUACCUUAAAUUUACACUAGGCUUCUAUUACAUGAAGUUGUUUAUGCUGUAAGCUGUAACCAGGAAACACCAUCUUUUCUUUUUUUUUUUUUGUCUGAUUCCUGAGUUGCUAAUGUACAACCAGACAGUGAAACAAAGCCAGAUGAGGAGCUUAUUGGCACUUCCACAUACUAAAUUGUGGCUGCUGAAGACUUGAUAGAUCUUCUGGCUUGUGUAUUUUCCCUGUGUUGUCUUUUGAAGAUGGUGUUCUUAGGUUGCUUUGUUCUUCUAACAUACUACAGUUAAAUUGACUUAAAACACUCUGCCGUUGCAUGGAACGGAGAAAAGUGAUUUAUUCUCCUGAUACAAAUGACACUUUGAUAUGCCUACACUUCGUUAUCCUGACUGGGAAAAAGCACAUUAUAAAAGAAAUGCUGCUUUAUUAGCACUUCAUUAUAUUUUGUAAGUUUUUGAAGUUUUUCAAGACCUCUUGUAAGAUUCUUUAUUAAAAAAAAAAAAGUCUUGCUUUUUUUUUAAAUACAUUUUCAUAGUUUGUUCUUAUGAUAUUAAAACUUCAGGAA